AUGGCGGUGGCGGAGCUCUGGGAGACGCUGAAGCAGGCGAUCUUAGCGUACACGGGGCUGUCCCCGACGGCCUUCUUCACCGCCGUGGCGGUCGCCGCCGCGCUGUACCACGUCGUGUCGGGGAUCUUCGCGCCGCCGCCGCCUCCCCGGCAGCGGCCGCGCGAGGAGCCAGAGGCGGAGCCGCUCCCGCCGCCCGUGCAGCUGGGCGAGGUCGACGAGGAGGAGCUCCGGCAGUACGACGGUUCCGACCCCAAGAAGCCUCUCCUGAUGGCCAUCAAGGGUCAGAUCUAUGACGGCAGAAUGUUCUACGGACCUGGUGGACCUUAUGCCCUAUUCGCUGGCAAAGACGCCAGCAGAGCUCUAGCCAAGAUGUCUUUCGAGCCCCAGGACCUGAACGGGGAUACCUCUGGCCUCGGGCCGUUUGAGCUCGACGCCCUGCAAGACUGGGAAUACAAGUUCAUGAGCAAAUAUGUGAAGGUCGGCACCAUCAAGAAGGCAGCUCCCGCAGAAGACGGCACCACAAGCACAUCCCCAGGAACAAAUGAAACAGUCACCGCCGAGGCAGAGACCGAGAAGGCACCUGCCACAGAGCACAAGCCGAGGGAGGUGAGCUCGGAGGAGGUAAAAGAGAAGGAAGCCACAGCCGAUGCAGUCAGCGCCGAGAGCUAG